AUGGAAAGGCAGCUGUUUCGCGCCGUGUGUCUGACCCUGCUCCUGGGCACCGUCCUGUCGUGCGUCGCGUCGGAAACAAGUGAACAGAAGCCUGCGGCAAAUUUCACAACCACCAUCCCGAAAGAGGGACUCGAGAGGGACGUGGAGCAAGUCUUCUACCUCGGACCUUCCAGCACGCUCCAGGUCAUCGACGAAACCGGGAAAGCCAAGUAUCUGCCGGAACCGAGCACAACCUCUGAUGAUGCUUUGUCAGAGCAGUACAGCGUGGCAUAUCGAUUUGAGAAUGGAACGUGCGACUUCACCCAGACUCUCGUGUUCAAUGAUGCAUUUCCUGGGUACACAAAACCGUUAUGGGCUCCUGACAAGUCGGGUUCUGCGGAGACUGAGGGUGCACCCUCGGGAGGGCGUGUGAGGUACACUUUUACGACUCCUCCGGAGGAAUAUCUGGGUGGGGGUUUGAGUUUUUGUGUGCGGUUCAAGACAGUGCUUGCCUCCGGGUCGGAGUCACAAACCAGCACUUCGACUACGCCGACGUCCGCGACAUCUAAUCAGGGAGAGCCACAAGAAAAGCCUCCCGAAGGGGGCCCUGAAUCUCCUCCCGAGUCUCCCCCAACUUCUCAGGGGGGUGGUCCUGUUCCGGGUGAUCAGGUACCAGGCGAACAGCAACAGGAGGCGGGUUCAGAGGAAGGUGAAAAGGUGGAAGUGGAGAUCCCCUUGCUUUCUGAGGAUGGUACCGACCCCCUCAGUGAGACAAACAGCAAGGUCUCAUCAUCUGGCCAGGAUUCUCACGUAGAGAUCCAGAACGUGGCAGAUAGUCUUAAUUCGGCUGCAGAUGCUCCAGCAGCUAACCAACCUGAAAAGGGUGGCAACAAUCUCUCAAGUGGUGCUAUUGGAGAACCCAGAGGAGCUCGCUUGAGGCGCCUCAGUGGCUCUGCAGAGGUGAACGAUGCAUUCCUGACAAUUGUAGUGCACUCAAAAGCGUGGGGCUUUGCAGACGGAAUGAUUGCAUCGUCAAUUUUUAGUCUCGCCGUGGCAGCUACUCUGCUGGCGACUUCCUAA